UCCUUUCACCCUACUGCAUAAAGCAAAAGGCUGUGAUAUCUCUCUCUGGCUGCGAAACCCAGCUAUUUUUUAAAGCAUACUUUUUUUCAUCUCUGCCACUUCGUUUUCUCAGAAUCCAAACACCAGGGCAUUCGGGGCAAAAACCCAGAUAAAGGAGGGAAAGUGUGCACUUUGUGAGGGUGAUUUGUUUAGAAAGAUAGACAAGGUAAGGCUGUUUGUUUGGUGUUUUUUCAUCAGUGAGAAAGUGAAGAAGAUGGGUGAGAAAGAUGAUGGUUUGGGGUUGAAUCUUAGCUUGGGAUGUGCAAGUGCAAGUCCAACAACUCAGCCUUCUUUUAAGUUGAAUCUCAUGGCUAUGCCUUCUCAUCAUAACAUGCAGAUUCCUCACCAGAAAACUUCCUGGAACGAGCUGUUUUAUUCAUCAAAUCGAACCCGUGAUACUAGAUCAUUUAUAGGAGGAAUAGAUGUGAAUAUGGCACCAUCAACGGUGGACUGUGAUGAAGAAAACGGCGUUUCAUCUCCAAACAGCACUGUAUCUAGCAUUAGCGGCAAAAGAAGUGAGAGAGAGCCCAUUGGAGAGGAGACCGAAGCUGAGAGGGCUUCUUGCUCUCGUGGUAGUGACGAUGAAGACGGAGGUGGUGCUGGUGACGCAUCAAGAAAGAAACUGAGGCUGUCAAAAGAACAAUCUUUCUUGCUUGAAGAGACUUUCAAGGAGCAUAACACUCUUAAUCCUAAGCAAAAGUUGGCUUUGGCAAAGCAGUUGAAUCUGAGGCCUAGACAAGUUGAAGUGUGGUUCCAGAACAGAAGAGCAAGGACAAAGUUGAAGCAGACAGAGGUGGAUUGCGAGUACUUGAAGAGGUGUUGCGACACUCUAACAGAGGAGAACAGGAGAUUGCAGAAGGAGGUCCAAGAGCUUAGGGCAUUGAAACUUUCCCCACAACUUUACAUGCAUAUGAAUCCUCCAACCACGCUCACUAUGUGCCCUUCAUGUGAGCGAGUUGCUGUCUCCUCAUCUUCGUCAUCAUCCUCUGCUGCAGCUGCCGCUCGCCUCCCCAUGGGUCCUAACCAUCAGAGGCCAGUGCCCAUUAGCCCCUGGGCUGCAUUGCCAAUCCACCAUCGUCCUUUUGAUGCCCCUGCUUCGCGAUCGUAGUCAAAGGACAUAUAAGGGUUAGAAGAUAAAUAAUCAAUGAAGAGUGAUGAUUAAGGUUAGGAUUUGUUCAUAUAAACAAGUGAAUCUGAAUCUUUUAUUUUAGAUAUUAUCAUUUAGAUUUGAUGCAGAGAAUGUAGGUUUUAGUGGGAAUUGACGGGGACAGUACUUUGUGAUUCUAACGAAGUAAGGAACAAUAUCAGCUUAUUCAACUUUAUCUUAUUGGUGCUUUUGGAAUCUAAAAAGGUUUUCUGUUCA